GAUUUGGGCGUUUUGGUUCUGCUUUUGCACCAAUAAACGCAGCUUCCAUGGCGAAUCAACGCCAUUUACUGUGAUUUGGCGAGCUACUGCUCUGCUCUCCUGCUAUAUGACCCGAUUCUCCGACACUACCCGUUUCUCUCUCUCGCUCCUCUUCUUUAACCUCGCUCGCCUCUCUCUCUCCUCCACUCUCCAUCUCUGCAAGUCCCUCGCCUCCAAAACCCUAGCCCUUUUCGCCAUGGACGAUCUCUUCCCCAAUGACGACGACUUCUGGGACCUCGACGUCGCUUCCCGCUCCAGACCCCCCCAGCGCCCCCGCCUGCUUAACGACUAUGACCAUGACGACAAUGAGCGAGACAAGGUCUACUUCGUUCCCUACAGGUGGUGGCGGGAAGCUCAUAAUGACAGUGAUCAAGUAGGAGGUGUUUUAUACAGUGUGUCAUCAGACGAGAAUGAUGAUUCUGGAAUUCUGUUGGAGCUGAAGAAAGAAGAAGUUUCAAUAAAAGAUGAUGGUGCAGAAGAGGGGUUUUCUGGUCGUGAAUUUGCCUUGAUAGGGGAAGCCAUGUGGUUGCAGGCCCUAAAGCGGCAUAAUGACUACAAUGCAACAUCAAAUUUUGCCGGCCGACUCUUCAAAGCUGAAGAUACGUUACAGGAUGUUUUUUCUUUGCAAAUUAGGAUUUUUGUAUCAUGGGAGACAAAUUUGUUAACUGUGAAGAUAAACCGAAAGGAUAACGUAGCUGACUUUUAUAAGAGGGCUUCCAUUAUUUUUAAUUCUAACUCUGAACUGUUUCACAUUUGGGACUUCUCAGGGCAAACAAAUCAACUUUUCACAAAUAAUAUGAACAAUUUGCUCGAUGAUUCUCCUGUUCAACGAGUCAAAGAGGUCCUUCUUGAGUUGCAAGUUCAUGAAGUUUUGGACAACAUGAUGGGUCGAUAUGAAAAGGAUGCUAAGCUGACUGAAGAACAGUUGAAGACUGAAGAGUCCCCCAUGAUCAUAAAUGGGAUUACAGAUAAAGUGAAAUCUCAUUUGACUGAAUCCAACCCUUUGGCAAGUGGAAACAGUUUCAGGGUAGCCAGUUCUAUGGGUUUGACAGGAUUACAGAAUCUUGGGAAUACUUGCUUCAUGAACAGUGCUGUUCAGUGCUUGGUGCAUACUCCAAAGCUUGUUGAUUAUUUCCUUGGAUAUUACCAAAAGGAGAUAAAUUAUGAAAAUCCUUUGGGGAUGAAAGGAGAGCUUGCUUUAGCAUUUGGAGACUUGCUCAGGAAACUAUGGGCCCCUGGCUCGAAGUCUGUGCCUCCAAGAAUGUUUAAACUCAAACUUGCUAAUUUUGCUCCCCAAUUCAGUGGUUAUAAUCAGCAUGAUUCCCAGGAAUUUCUUGCUUUUUUGUUGGAUGGCUUGCAUGAAGAUUUAAAUCGUGUUAAAUGCAAGCCUUAUUUUGAAGCUAAGGAUGCAGAGGGUCGCCAAGACGAAGAAGUGGCUGAAGAAUAUUGGCAGAAUCACCUUGCUCGUAAUGAUUCUAUUAUAGUUGACUUGUGCCAGGGUCAGUACCGGUCAACAUUGGUGUGCCCUGCCUGCAAUAAGUUAUCAGUUACGUUUGAUCCAUUUAUGUACCUAUCUUUGCCACUUCCCUCAACAACAAUGCGUAGUAUGACGCUGAUGGUCUUCACAUGUGAUGGGAUUACAAUGCCUCGUACGUUUACCAUAUUAGUGCCGAAGUCAGGGAGAUUGAAAGAUCUUAUUAAUGCCCUAAGUACUGCUUGUUCUUUGAGAGAGGAUGAGACCCUGUUGGUAGCUGAGGUAUACAAGAAUUGCAUCUUUCGCAUUCUGGAGGAUCCAUCUGAUUCACUAGCCUUGAUUAGGAAUGAAGACAAACUUGUCGCUUAUAGGUUGCCUAAAGACGAUGAAUCAUCCCAGUUGAUUGUCUACGUGCAUCAGCAGUUGGAAACGCAUGAUAAUUCAGGAAAGGUAAUUUCAGGCUCGAAAACAUUUGGAGUCCCAUUUGUAGCAAGAGUCCAUGACCUUUGUUAUGGAUCUGACAUUCGCCAGCUGUUUCUCAAGUUUCUUGAUCCGCUACGAAUGCCUGCAGAGGAUAUGCUGAGUAACUGUGAUGGUGAAGAUAGUAUUUCUGCUAAUGACAACUUUGAGAUGGAUGAUGCCUCAGGACCGACAAACUUGGAUACUGAUGAGAGUUCAAAUGAUGGAAAUAUCGUUAACUUUAGUUUGCCUUCUGAUUUCACAUUCUUUUUGGCUCAUUCGAGGGGAGCUUCUGAAGGUACCUUAAUAAAAUUGGAUGAGCCUCUGGUUAUGUCCGAGCCAAUUCAGAGAUUGGAUGUGCUUGUUAUGUGGUCAGACACGAUGCUUCAAAAAUAUGAUACUUAUCCAAUGAGUUCAUUGCCCGAUGUUUUCAGACCGCCUUUGCUUUCAAAGAGACCCCAGGAGUCUGUUGAUUUGUAUAAGUGCCUUGAAGCUUUCUUGAAGGAGGAGCCUUUAGGACCUGAUGAUAUGUGGUAUUGUCCUAGAUGCAAGAAGCCUCAGCAAGCUAGAAAAAAGUUGGAUCUCUGGAGGUUGCCUGAGAUUCUGGUCAUUCAUCUCAAAAGGUUUUCAUAUAGCCGAUUUUUGAAGAACAAGUUGGAAACAUUUGUUGAUUUCCCGAUAGACAAUCUAGAUUUCUCGAAUUACAUCGCUUUUAAGAAUAGCCAUUUCAGCAACCGAUACAUGUUAUAUUCUGUUAGUAAUCACUAUGGAGGAAUGGGAGCAGGCCACUAUACUGCAUAUGUUCUUCAUGGCGAUAAAUGGUACGAGUUCGACGAUGAGCGGGUUUUUCCUGUUACUGAAGAUGUUGUAAAGUCGUCUGCUGCAUAUGUUUUAUUCUACAAAAGAAUUCCAGAAGUAUAACCUGGCAAGUUGUACACUGGUUUUGAAGGUUAGUUUUACCACCCCCUCUCCCCAUAUAUAUGAAAAAAGAGGAGUUGAUCCUCCCCCUUACACCAUCACUUCCUAUACAACUUUAUUCUGUUUGGGAGACAAGAAGAGAAGAGAACUUCUGUACAGCAAGAAAAGCACUUUGGGGAAAAGUAGAAGAUUUUUUGCCCCCAUCAUAGGUAUGCCUGUAUUCCUUGUGUAUAUAUUACUCACUACAAAAAGAUAUUCAGCCAAGCUUUCAGUUUUUGGAAUGGAGAAAAAAGCAUCAUCUCUUUUGGUUACUUGCUUUCCUUUGUUAAUGACUCAGACUUACCUUGAAAGUUGAAAGUGUUUUUUGGCACUCACCCAUUAUUAAGUGCUUUUAGUUUUUUUUUUUUUUUACUCUCUCGGAGGAGAAUUUGAACUAACGACCUCAUGGCUGUAAACAGGUGUCAAUUACUGUUGAGUUAAACUCAUGUGGACUAUUAAGUACUUUUAGUUAAAGUCCAUUUGAUAAA